AUGGUGUCAGCGUCUCAGGACGCCCCCGACAUCUGCGCCCCUGUGCUGCAUGGACCAUGUGCAUGUGGCUCCUGGAAACGCCAUGAGCCAUCUCUCGCUGGCGGCUUGCGGCUUGCAGCCUCUUGCCCGCUGCUGCCUGCGGCUUACCUCCCCCCCUUCGUUCCACACAGCUAUCAAGCUACAGAUGCUGAGCUGACAAACAGUAUCGGCGACCACGCAGCUGCGCGCGCCCCGUUCCAGAUCCUGAUCGCGCUCACUGCGACGCCGCGGUUCAUCUUCCUCGGCCUGCAGUGGCUCGCGCACCGCUACCCGCCCUCUUCCUCCUUCCCCUCUUCCCGCCCCCUGUCGGCUCCCCUCUCCUCGCCCUCCAUCACCUCCACCCACGACACGGAGCACAAGCGCUCCCUCCGCUCCCGCUCCCGACUAACCGUCGAGAAGGGCGAGAAGGGCAGCGACGACGAGCUCGACAGCGACGUCGCCCUCGACCCGCCCACGAACGGCACGGGGCGCAAGAAGGCGCCCUGGUCCUCUGGCUCGGUCGAUGUCGAGGCCUGCCUCGGACUGGCGAGGACGAUCGCGUGCGGAGGAUGGAUGUUCAUCACGAGCCGCGACGAGCACGACCUCCACGAUCUCGCCAUGAUCGUGUACCUCGUCCUCGACGCGCCGUGGAUGUACCUCUCCUGGGCGCACAGUACGGACCCGCGCGCGAAGAAGUGGCGCGCCAUGUGUGCCGCGGCCUUCUUUGGGUGUCUCCCGCCGCUGAUCUACCUCUUUGUGCAGCACAACAUUAAGAAGGUCCCCGGAGCGUACACUUAUUAUGCGUUCUUCGAGUGGUCCCUCGUCAUGUGGGACGUGGCGUUCGACGCGGGAACCGUGUUCGAGGUCGGCAACUUCCAGAUCCGCGUCAUUGACACGAGCCGUCCCGAGAUCGAGGAUGACAAGAAUGGACACGCAAGUCCCGUUGGCAUCUACCUCGCGCCCGUGCCCUCGCGCCCGAUCGUGGAGGAGGACUGGACGGCCAAGCCGUCCCGUCCCUCGCCCAUCCCCCACCCCGGCAUCGCAGCCUACCUCUCGGACAUUUGGUUCGGUAAGCUCGCUCUCUUCCUGCUGGUAGCUAACGACAGCGACGGCGUGGUGGACCGUCUUCACGGGCGUCAGCGUGCAGCUCUUCUACUGGUCCGUGUGGUCUCUGGCGCUGACGGGCUCCGAGCUGGGCAUCACGAUCAACCUCAUCCCGUACCUCUUCAGCAAGCCCGGGUACCGCGCGGCGGUGACGUCCCGCUCCGGUGUAUUCUGGAACCGCACGCUGCUACGCGCACAAGGGGAUCGCCCGAGGCGGGCCAGACGGGGCGGAUGUGGGCCGCUGGCGUCGUGCUGUGCAUGCUGGGCAAGUACCUGUGCUAUUCGAACAAUCCGUUCUGGGCGAUCGUGAACAGCGACAGCGGGGGGUGGAACAAGACGGGUCUCCUCCUCUCCGCGCUGAGCGUGGCGGAACUCUACUUCCGCCCCAACAGCCUCUUCGCUGCCCCGCCCACGACGGCCCCGGGCAAGCGCGACGACAGGCGCAUGGGCACGACGCGCGCGCAGCGCCUCGCAAUCACAUUCGGCCUCGGCGCAUUCAUGCACCUCGCGCAGACCUUCCUCUCGGACAGCGGCACGAUAAUCGCGUGGUCGUGGGACGGCUUCCCGGCAAGAGCGCCGCUGCUGCAUCCCUGGGCCGGCAUCGUGACCGCGCUGUGUGCGCUGGCCAUCCCCCUCUCCCUCUCCAUCCAGAGACUGCUCGACCCCGUCGUGCUCGCGGUCCCGUACCUGGGUGCAUUCUGCCUGUACAUGUUCCCGAACUGGGUCGGGUUCGCGGGCGGCGUCGCGCUCAUGGUGUGGCUGAUUGCCGCCGCGCCGGCGUUCAUCCGCAUCGCGUCGGGCGUGCCGCCAAAGACGACCGGAAACGCAAUGGCGUGGAACUGUUUCCUCGACGUCGCCAGUGUUUUCACAGUAGCAUACGCCUUCGUGCCCUUUGGCUGGGUACUUAGGGAACGCACGGGCUUCAUCCUCCUGCUUUUGCUGGUGCCGCUGCCCUUCGCGCUGCGUGCGGGCCAAGCUCUGAAUCUCCCCGACGAGUCGAGGCUCGCGGCCCGCUCGCGCAAGAGGCUCCAGACCGGCGCAGUUUACACGCGCUACCUCUCCAUCGCUAUUGCGUCUGCCGCCAUCGUGGCGGGCAUUCGGCUGCACGCGCAAUCUGCCGAGGUGACGACGCCGAAGCCGUACUACGGUGACCUGAACGUGUUCACGGGCGGGAUCUACACGGUGCAUUUCGGCAUCGACGAGCCGGGGCGCGACAGCCAGCGCCGCAUCGCGAGCCUGGUCAAGGAUAUGGAGGUGGACGUGCUCGGCAUGCUCGAGACGGACCUGCACCGCUUCGUGUACGGCAACCGCGACCUGACGCGGUACAUCGCGCAGGAGCUCGGAUACUAUGUCGAUCUGGGCCCCGGGCCGAACAAACAUACCUGGGGCGCGUGCCUGCUGAGCAAGUAUCCGAUCAAGAACAGCACGCACCAUUUGUUGCCGAGCCCGCAUGGCGAGCUCGCGCCCGCCAUCCACGCGACGCUUGACAUUAACGGCGUCGACGUCGAUGUCAUCGUGAGCCACAACGGGCAGGAGGAGGACGCGCUCGACCGCGAGCUGCAGACCAAGGAACUCGCCCGAUUACUCCAGCUCAAUCCCCACCGGCCGACCAUGUUCCUAGGCUACCUCGUGACGAAGCUGAAUGCGCCGGCCCCCUGGCCCUAUGCGCUCUUGUUCAACGAGCAGACGCGUCUCUCCGACAUCGAGACGCUGGACAAGUGGAGGUGGUGCGAGUAUCUCGGCUUCCGCGGUCUCUGGCGCGUGGCCUAUGCGCGCCUGCACCACGGCGACGUGACGGACACCGAGCUGCAGGUGGGCAAGUUCAUCCUGCCCCUGCCCAACCAGACGGCCGAGUAUCGCAACGACGAGGAAAAAUACUGGCACAUUGGCGAGAUGGACAUCCCGCCGCCGUGGCGGCUGCCGAGCAAGUUUAGGGAGGACCAGGGCGGACACUUUUACCGCGUCUGGGACGGACCCCUGUAUUACCGACCCCCGCUCGACUCGGGCGUGCUCGACUAUGGACGCGGGGGAGGGCAUAAUGAGUGGCCUCCGCGGACUGACGUGCAGGCGUAG